CUUUGAACCACUGUUGUAUCGUUCGCCACGUUGGAAGAGUUGAGUUGGGUUGCCGAAAUACUUGUGACAUUAUUUUUGUUUAGUACAUUUUAUUGUGUAAUUAUUUGACGUCUAGUAAAAUACGCUCAAAAUGAAGAUCAAAGAAUUGCUAAAAACUGUCAAUGUGUCCUGGUCACCACCAGAUCUCCAUCCAAUUUUAUUAGCAGCAGGAACAGCUGCACAACAACUUGAUGCUAGUUUUAAUACAUCUGCUUCAAUAGAAUUGUAUUCAUUAAAUGUAAAACAGCCUGGAUAUGAUAUGGAACUGAAAACAAGUGUACAAAGUGAUCAUAGGUUUCACAAACUUAUUUGGGGAUCAUACGGAAAUAAUCCUGCAGGAAUACUAGUAGGUGGAUGCGAUUAUGGGACAAUAAAGAUAUAUUCAGCAUCUAAAAUGAUUGCAAAUGAGUCUGAUUGCUUGUUGAGUAGUCCUGAUAGACACACUGGGCCAGUUAGAACUUUAGACUUUAAUCCAUUCCAAUCGAACUUAUUAGCUUCUGGCUCCACAGAGAGCGAAAUAUUCAUUUGGGAUAUCGUUAAUACUGGUACGCCAAUGACUCCUGGAAGCAAAAGUCAACCAGCUGAAGAUGUACAAUAUAUUCAGUGGAAUAAGCAAGUUCAACAUAUUCUUGCUUCAACAUUUUCGCAAAGAUGUGUCAUAUGGGAUUUAAGAAAAAAUGAGCCAAUAAUCAAAUUAACUGAUGCGAAUUCUAAAAUAAGAUGGAAAGUAUUACAGUGGCAUCCAGAAAUUGCUACACAAUUAUGUUUAGCAUCUGAAGACGAUCAAGCUCCAAUUAUCCAGUUAUGGGACCUAAGAUUCGCAACUUCACCUUUAAAAAGUUUUCAACAUCACCAGCGAGGUGUUCUAUCACUUGCUUGGAGUCCACAUGAUUCAGAUUUGAUGCUGAGUUGUGCCAAAGAUAAUACAAUUGUUUGUUGGAAUCCAAAUGCAGAUACUCCUGAUCAACAAUUACUUUGUGAAUUAGCUCAAACUAAUCAAUGGAACUUUGAUGUUUCUUGGUGUCCAAAAAGCCCGGGAUUAAUUGUUGGUAGCAGUUUUGAUGGACAUGCAACAGUUUAUUCAUUACUAGGUGGACAGCAAGAAGCGCCUGCUAAUUCAAUGAAUAAAUUGGUCGAUUCGUUUCCAGGAAUGGAUCCAUUCUCUCAACCACCACCAAAAGUUGAAAGAGAAUCAGCUGUUGCUUUAAAAAAAGCUCCUAAGUGGUUAAAAAGACCGUGUGGUGUUUCAUUUGGAUUUGGUGGAAAAUUAAUUUCAUUUGAAAAAGAAUCUGGUGAAUCAGAAGGUGCUCCGAAGAAAAGAGUAAUUGUUUCUCAAGUUAUUAUCAAUCCUGACAUGGUUCAGUGUUCACAUACGUUAGAGAACGCGUUAAAGAGUGAACAGUUUUUAGAUUAUUGUAAAAGUAAAGUUGAUAACGCUGCUAAUGAUUAUCAGAAAAAAAUUUGGAAUUUUGUUGGGGCCUAUUUCAACGAUAAUGUAACUCAAACAUUUUUAGACUUACUUGGAUAUAAUAUACCUAUUUUGAAUGAUAAACUAAAACAAUAUAUUCCAUUAGAUGAUGUACAUACAAUUACAGAAGGUGUUUCUAAAUUAGAUAGUUUACAAAAUGGGACUGCAUUUGACGGAAGUGCGGCUUUUGAUGCAAUUGCCCAGCAAGAACAAAAAAAGAAAGUAUCUCCAAAAGCUGUAAAUAUUAAUUUGAAACUCAACACAUCUGAUGAUGAAGAUGGUUUAAUCACCCAAGCAAUAUUAGUGGGAAAUAUUGAAGCAGCAGUAUCGUUAUGUUUUGCUAGUAAACGUUAUGCUGAUGCUGUGAUUCUUUCAAUGACGGGAGGACCAGAUUUACUUGCCAAAACCCAAUACAGGUAUUUUUCUGAGCGAACUGGUGCAUUGAAUUCUCUCAUCAAUUCUCUUGUUAGCGAAAAUUGGAGUGAAUUAGUAAAUAGUUGUGAUAUUAAUUGUUGGAAAGAAAUAAUAGUUGGAAUAUUUACUCAUUUGAAUGGUUCAGAAUGCUCUGUAUUAUGCGAUGCUCUUGGAGAUCGUCUAGCAGCUUCAGAAGAUCCAUCUUUACAAAAAAGUGCUCAAAUUUGUUAUAUUUGUUCAGGAAAUUUAAAUAAAAUGAUUCGUGUUUCUGAGACUGAGCUUCAAGAAACUGUCGAAUUAGUAAUGAUAAUGAAAAAAGCACUUGAGCGUCAAAAUAUUCAGGUAACAAUUGAUGGAAAUAUUUCUGAAAUUUUGUCACAGUAUGCUGAGUCGUUAGCAUCAGAAGGUGAGUUAGAAGCUGCACUAAAUUACAUUGGCAAUGGCCAAGAUGCACGUAUAACAUCGUUAAGAGAUCGUUUGCAUAAAGCUUUAUCUUAUGAACAGCCUAGUGUUCAGGCUAAUAUUCAAAAGCCUUCGAUUAAGCAAACGCCACAAAAUUAUUAUGAUCCAACGCCAAAACCACAACCAAAUGUUUAUCCUCAAACAACACCCGUUCAUGCUUGGAAUACUAAUCCUCUUCAAAAUUCUUAUGUGAUGGGAGGACAAGCAACAAAUUCAUCAGCUACUCCAACUCAAGUAAUGCAGCCUACACCACAAAUUCUUCAAUCUAUGAAUACUUAUCCACAACAACCGAUGCGUAAUUCGCAAGCACCGCCACCGCCAAUACAAACCACAGGAUCAAGUCUUGGAGGAUCAAGACCUCCUAGUGUUGGACCACAAACUCGACCAAAGUAUAUGAUCGAUCCUUCUGUCAAAUCUGGACCUACUUAUAGCUAUUCUCAACAGCAGAUUUAUAAUCCACAAUCACAAGGAUUUUCUAGCCAAAAUACUUAUCAACCACAGCCUCCGACUUUUGGAAGUUAUCAAAAUCCAUCUGUACAAAAUCCAAUUCCAGGUCCUCUGGAACACGAUGAAUAUAAACCACUACAACCGAAUAUAAUGACUCCAUCGUUUCCAGCUAAUCCUCCCCCAACAAACGUUUAUGAUCCUGCAGCGAUGCAAUCUGGUAUUCAGCAAAGCCAAGGCUUCAGUAAUGAAGUACCAAUUUAUCAACCAACUUCACAAUCUUCUGGAUGGAAUGAUCCUCCCAUCGCAAAAUCUCUUCGUGCACAACCAUCAGUUGACUAUCAACAACCAACUCCAAUAUUACAUCCAUUGAGAGGAGUUUCACAAAAUUAUAAUACACCACCGGAAGAAAAUUAUCAUCAAGACAUGAUGAACUAUAAUCAUCCGCAGUAUGCUAAUAACAUAAUGAAUAGUGAAAAUCAAUACAAUAAACCAUUAAGCCAAAUAAAAUCAAUGCAACCUGCAGCAUCUAUCGAAGUUGCGAAAGAAGUACAACCGGAGAAGCCAAAAGUACCGAUACCCGACCAAUACAAACAUCUUCAAACGAUUUUCGAUGAAUUAAAAAUACAGUGCUACGAAUCAUCGAAGAAUCCGCAAAUGAAACGAAAGAUAGAAGAUGUCGCAAGAAAACUAGAGUUUCUUUAUGAUUGUCUUAGAGAAAACUCUCUUUCUCAAAAUACCCUACAAGGACUUGAUCAGAUCUCUCAAAUGAUUCAAGCUGGUAAUUACACCAACGGAUUAGCAGUGCAUACACAGCUAGUAUCCGGACCAGAUUUUAGUCAAAUAGCUUCAUUUAUGCCAGGAAUUAAAGUGCUGCUACAAAGUGCUCUUCAACUGGGAGUCUAUAUCACGUAAAAUUAAAUACAAUAAAAUUGUAUAUUGAGUUCAAUUAACGGAUACGAAUGAAUUUACUGAAUAGUCUUAUUGAAAAUAAGUGCAAAUCAAUGGUAAAUCAUUGUACAAUUUUAAUUGUCAGUUCAAUUAGUAUUAACAUUAUUAUUCUGAUUAUCAUCUUUUUAUAAUUCAUUCAAAUAUAUCAAUACAAUAUUUAUAUUUAUCUCUUACAGUCUAGAAUCAA